UGCAGCAUUCCCAGAGGCACUACUGGUUUCAGCAAAGGCAGGAGUAGCAAAAUCCAUGUCCGAGGUGUUUGGCGCAGAUCCAUCCACAUUCCUCUGAUGGUCUGGAAACAUCUCUGUCAGGGGUUUUCCUUCCAUGUCUGCAGAGGUUUAAUCCACAGCAGAAACUUCCACAGCAGGUUGUUUCUGGGACACCAUCCACCACAGCCGGUGGGGCAGACAUGUUGGAAGCAGCCAUCUUGGUGUACUGGGACUUCUCCACCAUUGCAGGCUUUACUGGUUUGUACCUCCUCUGUCCAUCCUCAGGGACUUCUAAUGGAUCAUCAGAAAAGGCGAACCUGUCUGCCCUCAGGGGUGACUAUCUGCUGGAUGAAAUUCAGGGUUCCAUGCUCACUCUCAACCCCCCGACUGAUUGCCGCUGACAACUCCACAGCCUGACAUGGGGGGAGAGACACAGAGGUAGAUGGUGCCGGGUCGUCCAUUACCUGAGGCUGCUGAUCCACAGGACUCGCUGAUGUCUGGCUGGCAAAUCUAUUUUCAUUAUUAAACUUGUUUGCAAAGGCUCCACUUCUGGCUUUCAACUUUUCCAACAAUAAAAAUUGUUUCUUCACCUUUUCCUCCAUCUGCUGUAGCUCUGUCUUCAUGGCAAUCAUACUCCAGGCCUGGUAGUAUUUGGCUCUGAAGGAUUUAUGCUCAGCUUUCAAAACUUUACGUUUUUCCUCAGCUCUUCCAACUGCCUUAAAACGAUCGAUAAUCCUCUGUCUGUACACAUCCACAUCCUCACCAGGGCCUGGACCCACAGUCAGGUCCUCCACCUCCUCCUCCUCACUUGGUCCUGUGUCAUCAGGGGGAUCCCUCUCAGAGCCUCCCACUGGAUAUGGAAU